GGAAAAUCCAACAAGUCGAAUCCGAACCUCAACUCAAACCUGUUUAUCCCCAAACCAUAUGGAGAAAAAGCCCUAGUUGGCUCAAUCUUCCGGGUCGAUUCUCCUCUUUCGGAGAAAUUUCACCUUGCUCUCUUAGUGGAUUUUAAGCAAUAUGGAAGAUAACAUUCGCCCAUUCAAAAGACCCCAUAACCCCAUUUUUGAGAAUAGUAUCAAUAAAAGAGGCAAAUUUAGUGAUGAAUUUUCAGAAACCUCUAAUUCUUCAGAAACACUCUACCGAAUACUAUGCCACUCUAGAAAAAUCGGUAGUGUAAUUGGAAAAGGUGGAGUGAUAAUCAAGGCCUUACGUGAAAAAACUCAAGCUAAAAUCACAAUUGACGAUUCUAUCCCUGGAUCAGAAGAAAGAGUAGUCAUAAUCUACAGUCCCUCAACAAAAAAGCCAGUAACACAUAAUGAUAUGAAUCUCCAGUGUGCUGCACAAGAUGCUUUGUUAAAAGUUCAUGAUAAGAUUCUUGAAGAAGAUAUAAAUAAUAAUGAAAAGUUGGUCACUACACGAAUUCUUGUUCCAAAUAAUAUGGUGGGGUGUCUUUUGGGAAAAAAAGGAGAUGUUAUUCAGAGAUUGAGAAGUGAAACUCGUGCAAAUAUACGUAUUUUGCCUUCAGAUCAGCUUCCUGUUUGUGCUUUGAGUACUGAUGAAUUGGUUCAGAUAUCAGCUAAACCAGCUAUUGUAAAAAGGGCUCUCUAUGAAAUUUCUACCUUGUUACAUCAUCAUCCACGCAAGGACAACUUCAUUCCUUCCGGGCCCCACGGAUUUCAUCCACCUGGACCUCAAAUUACAAAUCUACCCCCGCCUGCCAGGUGGCGGGGGGAUUAUGGCAGUGACCACUCACGAUUUGGUGAUACUCCUUCUGAGUUUUCAAUGAAAAUUCUUUGUUCCACAGCAAAAAUCGGAGGGGUGAUUGGUAAAGGUGGCUCAAAUGUCAGACAAAUUCAACAAGAAACUGGAACCGAUAUACAUGUUGAUGAUGUGGCAGCUGACUCAGAUGAGCGUGUGAUUUGUGUGUCAUCGUUUGAGGAUUUGAGGAAUCCGAGGUCAAGAACGAUCGAUGCAAUUCUUUUUUUACAAGAGAAAGCGAGUGAUUAUUCCGAGAAAGGAAUUGUUAGUACAAGAUUACUUUUGCCAUCUAGUAAAGUCGGUUGCAUUCUUGGGCAAGGUGGACAUGUGAUUAAUGAAAUGAGAAGGAGAACAAAAGCAGAUAUUCGUGUUUACUCUAAACAAGAAAAACCUAAGUGUGCUAGUAAAGACGAAGAGCUUGUAAAGGUGUCUGGAAUUUAUGGUACGGUUAAAGAUGCGGUAGCUGAGAUUGCAUCAAGAUAUCGAGAAAGAUGUCUUCGUGAUGCAAAACCUGAAGCGGAAUCAUCUCCUCAUGGUGGUCGCUUAGCUGGCUAUGGACCUUUUACAGGUAGUGGAAGGGUGUAUGAUGAACCACGUAGCUAUCCACCUCCUACAAGGGACUAUGAACUUUAUAGUCACUUGGCUCCACAUAGGGACUAUGAGCCUUAUAGUCAUCAAGCUCUUGUAAGGGAUUAUGAAGGUGGUGGAUAUAGGGCUCCUAUUAGGGAGUAUGAAUCUAAUGACUAUGUUGCCCCUCGUGUGGGUUACCCUUCACCUCUAAGGGACUAUGAGUAUGAACCUCAGGGUUACCAAAGAUUCUUACGUGGUGUGGAUAUGAAGAUGUCGAGUAGCAGUAGAGGUUUUUCUAUUGGGAAUGCUAGUGAGCCAUGGGUGAUAAAACAUUAUUUGCAAUUGAAGAUCAUUUAACCCUAAAUGCACUGCUAAACAUGCUUGAAGAGGCUAUGAUGGAGAUGGUGCCGCAACAUAAAUUCUCUCAAGAAUCUUUAAAUGAAGAACGACAUUCAUAGUGUUCUUCAUACUAGUGUCUUGCAGGGGAUUAUAAUGGUUAAUACUACGAUAACCUUAUCGAUAUCAAUAGUCGCUCUCGGUUUAGAUUCGGUCUCUUUUGGUGGUAAUGAUGUAUGGGAUAAUAAAGACAAUGUGGCAUCAUUAAAAGCAGUCUGGCUCAACACGGUAAGCCCAUAACUUACUAGGCCGUCUCUCCUUAUCGAAUGCAAACCAACUAUGCAAACCGGGAAACAAUAAAUUAUGGCAAGAAAAUCACCCGUACAAAUCUUUAUGCAACAUCUCAGGAAACAUGAAAAAGGUAAUACUAUUAUAUUGGAGGGUACUACCCUUGCAACGUAUUGACAACUACAUAACCCAGUUAAAAAAGCAAAAAAAGCAAGAACCCAAGAACCCAGACAUAUGAACAUCGAUACACAUUGGUAAGGGCCAUAACUUUGGCUAAUGGAAGAUGCACAUUAAGGAUUAUGUGUAUCGGACAAAAGUACAUGAACCAUUGUUAGGGAGGAGGAAGUCAUUCCCUCCCAACCCACGCAAUCCACUGCAACAUCAGUUUUUCUUUUUUAUUUUUCUUCAUCUUUUUCAACCCAUAACACACGGAAACCAUAUCUUUUUCAACCCUCUCAACCCAUUCAAUUAAAAAAAAUACAAAACAAUCAAGGUAAAAUCUUAGUUAGCAAUAGAGUUACUGUCGGUACUGCUCCCUUUUCUUCGGAUUGUUUAUUUGGUUUCACUAACCCACUUUAUCCUCUCUCUCUCUCUCUCUCUCUCUACUUUCUCUCUCAAUUUCUCUUGUACCAUGUGUUUUAAGAUUUGUACAUUAGUUGUUUUGUAUUUUUUUAAUUGAGUGGGUUGAGAAAGAUAGGAUUUCCGUGUGUUGUGGGUUGGGAAAGAUAGGGAUGAGCAAAAACCGAACCGAAAACAAAAAAAAACCGACAUAACCGAAACCGAAAAACCGAAACCAAAGCAAUAACCGGCGGUUUAGAUUUGAAUUUUACAAAAACCGAAAAAUAAUGGUUUGGUUCGAUUUUGACGUAUAAAACUGCCCAUGAAAACCGAACCGACCCACAUAUAUAUUAUUUAUUAUGUUUUAAAUUUUUAGUUUUAGACUUUAGACUUUAUCCCUUUAGUGCUUUAUGUUUAUUUUCAACAGACUGUUAAUGUUAUUAAAAUUUGAUCUUUUGAACACUUUUAUGCUUUUAGAAUACUAGAAUCAGUAUUCUUUAUUUAGUAUAUUUGAAAUAGAUAUAAUAUUAUUUAUCGCAAUGUACUUUCACUGGUUUUGAGCCCAAAAACUAGAAAAAAAAGCAGGAGCUCAUAAACCCACAGUUUAAAACCGAAAACCCAUAAACCCAACCCGGAAAACCGAAAAACCAAACCAUGCAAAAACCGAACCUAUAUGGAUUUAAAAACCGAAAAACCAACUUUCUAUGGUUUGGUUUGGUUUUAGACAAAAACCGACCGAUACUCAUCCCUAGGGAAAGAUGAAGAAAAAAAGAGAAAAACUGAUAUGACAGUGGGUUCAGUGGGUUGGGAGGGAAUGACUCCGUCCUCCCUUAGAGCAUAAAUUUGAAAAGAUGAUGGGAAGGAUAAGCUCAAGCCAAAAAGCCAAUAAGUAUGUGCUUAUUGGCUAUCGUUUAGAUUGGAUCCACAAAAGAUCAAGACCUCUAGUUAGAUACUCUAUCAACCACUUAUUUGCUAUUGAUAGAUUAUCCUAAAGUGUUAGAAUCAAAGAAAUCUUAUGGUGGAAGCAUAUGUUAUGAAGGAAGAUAUGAGUUUAUUUGAAAAGAACCAAGAACUUUUGUCUCACGGGAAAAAACAUUAUAAAAAAGUGGGGUGUUCAAGAAUAACAAGAUGGCACCGAGAGGUGUAAGGCAACAAUGGUGGUUAAGGGUUUUCAAUUGUAAAGUGGAAGCAUAUGCUAUGAAAAGAGAAGUUGAUUAUAACAAGAUCUUCUCUCUGGUAGUGAAAAUGACCACAAUCAACCUUGAGUAUUUUGGUUGCGGAAGAUUUGUAUAUGGAACAAUGAAAUGUCAAGAAAACAUUCCUGCAUGCACUCCAAGAAGACAUCUAGCCGUUGCCACCGCCACAAGCAAUAAGAAAAGUUGGGGUGUAAACCGAUGAAAAAUGUGUAUGUGUUAAAGCAGGCACAUGUGCAACAAGAGUUGAAGUUUGAAAGCUUUAUGUAGGGGAAUGGGACAAUAUGUACAAGAAUUGUGGAAUAGGUCACUUUUGUUCUCUUUACGUUGAUGAUAUAUGUUAAGAAUGUUGCAUAAAGAAAUUCAAUUCCUUUUAUGUUGAUGAUA